AGCGCCAGCCGGGGGCUGCUCCGCAGUCGGGAGGCAGCGGCGCCAGAGGACGCGGAUCUCUCGCAGCUGGGACGCCGCCGGCACCAUGGGCUGCUGCUCCGGACGCUGCUCGCUCAUCUGCCUCUGCGCGCUGCAGCUGGUCUCAGCACUGGAGAGGCAGAUUUUUGACUUUCUUGGCUUCCAAUGGGCACCAAUUCUUGGGAAUUUUCUGCAUAUAAUAGUAGUCAUAUUGGGUUUGUUUGGAACCAUUCAGUACAGACCUCGAUACAUCAUGGUGUACACAGUAUGGACUGCCCUCUGGAUCACCUGGAAUGUGUUCAUUAUCUGCUUUUAUUUGGAAGUAGGUGGCCUCUCUAAGGAUACAGACCUGAUGACAUUCAAUAUCUCCGUUCACCGGUCAUGGUGGCGGGAGCAUGGGCCUGGUUGUGUCCGGAGAGUGCUGCCUCCAUCGGCCCAUGGCAUGAUGGAUGAUUACACUUAUGUCUCUGUCACGGGCUGUGUCGUCGACUUCCAGUACCUAGAGGUCAUCCACAGUGCUGUCCAAAUACUACUCUCUUUGAUUGGUUUUGUGUAUGCCUGUUAUGUGAUCAGUAUUUCCAUGGAAGAGGAAGACACCUUUGAUUUCAUAGGUGGACUUGAUACACACUCCUACUACCAGGAUCAUGUUGAGUUAAAGCCUGUUAAACCUGUCGAAAUAAGUAAUGAUAUUGACUCAGAAAUGCGGCUGCUGAACCUGACUUAAGGAACAAAGCACCACAGACAGCCAGCACUUGGUGGAUCCAAUGCGUGUCACCUUCCUUCCUGAGAAGACACUCUGCCUCUCUGCUUUCCCAUGGACUGCGGAGUCCUUAGCUCACAGCCCAUGUGUUAUUAGCAUUGUUUGCUAGAUGCGUUCUAGGUGCUUGGGUGGGUAAUUUUUUAGUCAUUUUCUUCUUAUAUAAAAACUUGUAAAUUGUAAAAAAAAAUGGUUUUUAAUUUUUUAACAAUAUUUAAUGUGAGGCAUGCAAAAUGAAAAAAAAGUCUGUGAAAACCUAGUCAUUUCAAACAGAUAUAUCAGUAUGUGUGUUGUUUGAGGUGUGAAGUCUGCUGCUGACUGCUGAAGUUACGCUAGGCCAGAUGGAUCCGCCCUGGCAGACAUUGCCUGUGGGCACCAGACACAGAGGUAGACCCCCUGGCAAAUGAAACAUGAUACAGAUAGAUCAUGGACGCAGCUUUCACACUGACUACGGAAAGCUGUCAACACCACAAGGCAAAGUCAUGGAGUCCCCCUUCAUCCUACUUUUCUCAAAACCCAGAACAGCAUUACAGCAACCUAAAUUUUCAGAGCUGUGCAUGACAUCCUCUUCUUCCUGUAUUUUGAAAAAAAAAAAAAAAGUAUGUGUGAAAGAGUGAAAUGAUUAGUGGAACUCUUUUCUCCUUUGAAGGGAAUAUGAGCACCUCUGAGAUCCAUAUUUUCUACUCUUUCUCCCACUCCCAAUACUGAUGUCAGACCAGAAGAUACAGCUCAUGGUCUGUGGGACAAAAAUCACAGCCAUUUGUCUGUAAUCAGAGACUGCUCCAUGGAUAUUCAAAGGGAGGAUUAAAAUACUGUUAAGAUCUAUAUAAACACUUCUGAGGAAAGUAUUUGCAUUUGAGCCACAUCAACUUUCCUUUCUCCUAACGCUACCAAGGAAAUGAUAUUGUGGGGAAAAGGACAGUCUUGAGAACACAUUGUAAUUGUUUUUUUUUUAAAUUGACAUAAAAUUUACAUAGGGUAAAACCCACAGAUGUUAAGGAUAGAAUAUGAUUAAUUUGAAAAUAUGUAGACACUCAUAUAAUCAAUGUCUCAUUCAAAAUACAGAACAUUUCCAUCACUUUAAAAACCAUCAUGCCCUCUUUUCCAAUUAAUUAACAUUCUCUAGACAACCAAUGUGCUGUUUUAUGAUUGAUUUUUGUCUCUUCUCAGUAUAAUGUGUAUGUUUUUUUCCACAUCACUCUUUUCCAUACCACUCAAUCAUUACUUCCUAUGUGAAAGUAAGUUUUGUUCACUUUGUGUAUCAUACAAAGUGCAAGUUCCUAUAGGUCACAAAGUUGUGCAGAUGUGCACUGUUUAGUACAGAGAUUGCUAACUUGCUCCAUGCCUCUCUAAAAAGUCUAUGAAUGGCCUGAAGUUGCCACAAAUAUUUGUAUGUGUAGAUUUCUUUUUUCUUCUUCCUUUCUGGAGUCUAUGAAGUUCAUGGGACUCUGAAAAAUGAAAGAUUAGUAUCAUAAAGUUUCCCCUGAUUCUUCCAGGUUCAUAACAACCACAGUGGAUUUUCUCAUGAAUGGUUACUCACUGGCCUCUGGGAUGUGCCACUCUAUCAAAUGAUGCCCAUUUUCUCCCAUCAUUCUUCAUUCUAAUAAGCAAACAAGAUUAAAAUGAAGAGGCAACAGCAUGCCUGGAAUGGGGAAAUCCAAUCUGCCAUUCUGUAGUGGGGGGACUGAAGCCCUGGCUUCGUGGUGCACUGGUCCAGAGCCCUGCUUUUGUAUAGAGGGCCAAGAACUAUGGCCAAAGGAAAAAAAUGGGGGCAGCACCAAAGCUGAGGUUUGGGUCCCAGUCUACUGCUGUGAUGUUGGACCACAUUUGAUGUCUUGGCAGUCUUCUUCAUCUAGGAAGAGCUACGAUCUCUACCUCCCAAAAGUGAAAUAAGAACUUGAUGCCAAAUGUUUCUAAAAACCUGUAAAGUAUGGGACGCUCCACAAUUGGAAAAGGCGGCGGUUAUCAGUACUGUCAGGUACUAAGUUGGGUGUAGGCUGGGGCUCCAGUGACUCAUUUCAGUGCCAUGAAAAGCUAACAAGAACAACAAACUCUUCUGCUUCCUAAAAACUAGUGGGAAAAUUGCCCAUGUUUAAACCACGUGAAAUACUGAAAAUGAAAAAUUGCAUUUUUAAUUAAAAAUAACUUUAAAUUCCAAAACUAAUACAAAUUAUUAUUAUUUUACAAGCUAACAAAAGUUAAAGUUGUAGACAAUUAGUAAGACAGAAGGAUAAAAUUAAUAUUUAAAUAUUUAAAGCUGUCAUUUCAUUACAUACACCCAAAAAUAAGAAUGUGACUAACAUUUUACAAAAUAAUGCCAAAAUAGACUUUUGGCUUAGUAAUUUUUUGGUGAAAAUUCAC